AUGAGAAUACUAGUUAUCGCGGUAUUAGCCCUCUCAGUGAUGGCUGCUCAAAAGAAGAGAAAAGCAACACCCAAUCUAAUUCACAUUGACAACAAGGCAUAUUAAUAAUCACAUGCAUAAAUUGAAUAUGAUGUUGAUUCAUUUACUAGUCCCAGAACUCAAUAACUCAAGACAGCCUAGAAAAAAUAAGACAGCAGCUUAAAAAAAGCCAUCCAACACAGCCAACAAACUGGAUUUGUUCAAAUCCAACAAGAAACUGAUUAAUUCAUUCUCAUGAAUCAAGAUGAAGAUCUUUCUUCCGAAUUAAUGACCGAAUAACAAGUCCAAUAGGCCUUAUUAACAGCUGAAGACUUCAACAACGUCCCCAACAUUGAGAUGCAAGCAGAAUCAAACUACUAAGCCCCAGAUGUAGCCUAAGAUGAUGUCAAUGAAUCCUAUUAUAUUCCAGUCGUCACCGAAGGAGAUGGCACAUUAGAGGAAGUAUAGAACUCCGAUGAAGAGCCCCAAUAAAACCCAGAUAUUGAGAUGCCUUCUUUGGACGAAGCAUCAUCAUCAUUCCUCCAAUGAAAAAAUAUUAAUAUCCAAAUAUAUUCACAUCAUACAUUAUUUCAUA